UUGCGCCCUGUUAAUGCAGCACCCCCAGUAACUGGUUCCAAAGUCCUGCUGGUCCCCGCCCCAGUUCCUUGAAGCAGAGCAGGGAGCAAGCAGCGACCCCGCUGAGGACUCCCAAGCUCUUUCCCACCCUACCCAGGGACGCCUCCAAAAUGUUUAGCAGAUCCCCAUUUCCCGGCUCUAAAACACAUACUCCAGAGAUUCCUUCAGUGCGCAGGAGAUAGGGACAGGAGACCCCUCUGGUGCGCUGCACAAUCCUGCCUCCCCGACUGUAAUUCCUAGUACAGCGGGGGAACCUUUCGUUUCUGCGGCUUUGUAGGUAAAUCUGUAAAGGAACUGAGCGCUUGUCUGGCUGAGUGCCAGGCCUGGAGAGACUUAAACCAACGGAAUCUGGCAAUUAGUUCAGAGAGCUGCCCGCGAAGCUGAAGAGCCGCGGUGCACGUGCAGGAGAUGACGGGGCAACACCUGGGGCAAAAGAAACUUCCCCGCACUAGCUACCAAAGAGAGAGCAGCGAGUUCACCACCACGCAUCCACGCUCUCAUCUGGAUAUACCAAAAUCUGACAGCUCAACAUUCUAUAUCUGCCUUGUUAUGAUUGGUUCUCUAAGAAACAAAGCAAAACAAAGACAGCCUGUAACCUUCCUUCCCUGGUCCUUGAAAAAUCUUCACUUCACUGAAGGGCACUUACAGGGCACACUCUGUGACUCCAGUAUUUUGUGGAGAGAGGUAAGGGAAACAGGAAGUUGUGAUCCCAAAGGAUCCUUACUGGUCUAAUUUAUUAUGCUGUACUCUCUACUCCUGUAUUUUCUACCUCCAGAACCGACAACAGUUUAGCUGGAGAUAUAAGACAUACUCCUGUUUAACAAAGGAUAUGUUAAACUGACAAAACAAUUAAUGCCCAGGACAUUUCUCCCUACAAAUUAGGGAGAAAAAGAUAAAUCAAUAGAAGAAACAUGGGCAAAUGAUUCGAACAGGCACUUUUCAAAAGAGAGUGGAAAUGGCGAAGAAACAUAAAACAUGAUGUUCAGUAUCAUUAGAAAUCCCAGAAAUGCAAAUUAAACCACAAUGAGAUACUGCUUUACAGAUUUGCAAAAAAUAAAAUAAAAAUUUAUAAGCAUCACUUAUUCAUGAAAAUGUCUAACAAUUGAAACAUUACUGUUGGGUUGCAAAUUGUUAUGGUUGAUACAGUCACCUUGGGAAAAAUGUAGUAAUCUAGUAAAGCUUAAGACACAUCACUGUGACCCACCAAACCUCUCCUAGAUAAACUUAGGAAAACUCACUGCAUCAGGAUACACAUACGAGAAUAUUCAUAACAGCACUGUGUGUAAUUAGCAAGAAACUGGAAACAGUCUUUAUGGCCAUCAGAAGUGAAGAAUUUUUGGGUUGAUUCAUACAAUGGAAACUACAGCAACAGAAAAUGAUGAAUGAAAAAGCAAAUCUUGGAAAAAUACAGAAUAAUUCUAUUUACCUAAAGGUCUGCAAACAUGCAAAAUUAAAAAUAUAUGGUUUGGAACUAAAAACAUCUGUGGUCAAAUUAUAAAGAAAAGGAAAUAAUAAAUGUAAUAUUCAGGGUAGUGGUUACCUCUGAAAGAAGGGAAAGGAAUGGGAUGGAGACAAUCUUUAUUCAGUUUUUAUACAUGUAUGAUAAAUAUUUUGUAGCCAUUAAGUAUUUUAUAAGAACAGCUUUUUAAAGUGUCAAGUGCCUUAGAGUUUAGGCACAAGAGGUUAAGGUCACCAUCCCAAGGCAUAUAUCGCCUCUGAAAAGAGACGGGUACCUGAGGCUCUCAUAUUCUGGGCAGAGAGCAGGACAGGGGUUUGGGGUCUGCUCUGUUCUCUUCUCUCAGGCUGGGCUGUGGAGGGUUGGGGAGGAGACAGAAGGGCAGUGCCUAUCUCACAGGGCCAGGGAUUUAUUAUAUUUGCAAAACUGGUCUGCAGAUAAGGCAUAAGAUAGAGAGCUCCACGGAGAAUCACAACCUCCACUGCUGAUUGUCCUGGCAGACAUGCCUGCGAGAUAACAUCUUUAAUAUCCAGGGGAAAUGAAUUCCCUUACUUGGUCUUCCUAUCUGGGCCCGCCUCUUGUCACAAUCAGUUAGUUGAUCUGGCAGAUCUUCCUCCCCUAUAAAAAGAGGAGAAAUUGCUCUACAACUCAGCUUUUCAUUAUGAAAGUGAAACUGUGCCCACGGUGUUAACAGAGGCUGGUGACUAGCAGAAAUUCUUGAACCUUUUACAGAAUGACAGAUAGGGGAACAGCUUGUUAAAACCCCUCUGCUUGUAAACUGCCUUCACUGAUUAAGCUAGCUUUAAUUGCAUACCCUCCAAGUAUCACGUAGCCUAGGUAAUAUAUCACAAGACUCCUUAACCACUCCUAUAGAUUCCUCUGUAGUAUGGAUUGCUAUAGUAACAGGGGCUUAAGUUGUUUUUUAGGAACUUGGAGUCAGCUCUUGUCCAGUUUGAGCUGGUUGGGACCACGAACCAUAAAAUGGGGUGUGUGCAGGUGUCCAAUGAACAAGUUUUUUGGUGGAGGGAGGAAGCAGUUAGGUUUUUUUAAUUUUCAAUGGAGGUGGUGGGGAUUGAACCUUGUGCAUGUUAGGUACGCACUCUACCACUGAGUUAUAUCCUCUCGCCUUCCAGUGAGCGACUUUUUGACAUAAGAGGGCCAAAAACUCCACCCUCAGAUCAUGUAAGUACCUCCUCUGAAGAAGCAUGUAAUCUAGAUAUGCCUGUGCAGAACACCAUUUACCUCACAUUUUCUCUACCUCCAGUCACCUUUCCCCACACCUAAGACGGCUGUUUCUUUACCUACAAGUAUCUCAAGGCCCCUGCCUUCAGGGAAGAGGAUCUGAGAUUUGUUCUCCUAUCUCUUGGCUAGACUGCCUUGUGAAUAGCCUCUUUGUCUGCUGCAAACGUCAGCAUCUCAGCGUUUGGCUUGCUGUGAGUGGGGCAAAUAUAUCUGGUUUGGUAACAAAAGCAUCAUCAAAGUGGCAGGGGCUGGAUAUUGGUCGUUCCUUAUUUCCUUCCUUCCUCCAUUCAGCUUUUAUGGAUGGCUUUUGCAUUAGAACUGUGCUAGGCAUGAACCUCAUCCUGGAAAAGUGAGCAGUCCAGUGGGUAGAUAGACUAGAAAGCAAAUAAUCAUGGAAUCAAGUAUAACAGAGUAGAGAGAACCAAGCCUCAAGAACUAAGAAGGACAAAAUAAUUCCAUUAAGGUAGAGGUCUGGAAAGGUUUCCCAGAGGAAGUGAGUUUUUAUUCUCUCCAAAGUAAAGACAACAUAUUUUCUUAUUACAAAAGAAAUAUAUGUUUAUUUCAGAAAAAUGAGGAAAAAUACAGAAAAUAUAUUAAAAACACUCUUUUCUCCUCACCAAGACAAUAUAGUUAAUUCCUUAGUGUAUCUCGAGGUGUUAGUCAAACCGAAUCCUUAAAAAUGAGUAGGAGGUAUUGGUGAAGUUCUAUUCCUUAGGCUGUGGGAUGGGUACCUUAAGAUUUUAAAUGAUUCUUUACAAUGUACCUAUACAUCAAGUCUACUCUUACAUGUGUAAAAUACAUGUAAAAUAUUCCACAAUUUAAAAGUAAGUAAUUAUAAUAUGUAAUGAAGGAUUUGAGGAGGACUGGUCUAGAUAUUUUGGCUCCCAUUAAACUAAAAUUUAACUCUUAAGAAUUGCUGACAAUAAAAUUGGAACCAUAGUCUAUAAAAACAUUUAUUUUUAGUUUCUAAAAUUACAAGUUGGGGGAGGGCAUAGCUCAAGUGUGGAGUGCAUGCUUAGCAUGCAGGAAGUCCUGUGUUCAAUCCCCAGUACUUCCCCCCAAAAUAAACCUAACUACCUCCCCUCUGCCAAAAUAAAAAUAAUUAAAUAAUACAAUAAUAAAUAAAUUUUAAAAAUGCUUAAAAGUGAUUUCCUUUAAAAAAAUUAUGAGAAGUUGCAUAGAAUCAUAGGAGUAAAUAGAAUUAUAAAAGAAACUAUGGGCCACGGAUGGGCAAAAAAAAUGAUUAACACAGGUUAAAAAAAGCUGAAAUAGUAUCUGAAUCAAUUUAAGCAAUCUGAGAUCAGCCCAAGUUUCAGCCUCACCCAAAUGUUAAAGUAUGUUAUCGUUAGAGGAAUGAAUUUAAUUUACAUUCUGGAAAUGGAAAAGGUUGUAACCCUGUCUCUGAUUAAUGUAAUAACGACAGUGUAAGGUUUAAGAUUUUUUUGUGCUGGGGUGUGCAUCUAUAAAAUAGGUUUUUAAGUGUCAACUGGCAAAAGCUGGUCCUGGGAACUGAGGGACUUCUUGUGGAUAGCCAAAAUUUAUUUGUUCUAAUUUAAACUGCAGAGGCGCUAUUGUCUAGUGCUUAGUCAAUAGUUUGAGUAAAAAUGCAUAAAUAAAUUAAGCUGAAAACAAAUAAAGUCUGAAUUAUGACCGAGUGUUAAGGAAAGGUGGGAGGUGUGGCGUUUUCCAGGUAGAGAAAGGGGCAUUCUAGGCAGAAGGAGCAGUAGACGCGCAAAAGUAGACAACACAUCCCGGGAACACUAGGUAAUCUGGUGUGACUGGAGGAAAAUGGAACCUCAGCUGGCCAGACUAUGCGGGUUACUGUAGAGCAUCCGGCCCAAGAAGUCUCCCAGCUUUCCCCUUUUCCCCUCUUGUACCCCAUUCCCGGUUUCCCUUUCCCGCUCUCUGCUGGCUCCGCCCCUCCGACAAUGCCCGUAUCCCCGCCCCCUGGGAAAAGCGCUGGGCCGGAGGCGGAGCCUCGGUGGUCGCCUUACCACACUUUCCUAUAGGCGAGCGGGGGUUGAUGGUUGGCGCCGUUUGAUGACGUCACGACCACUGACAGCGCGAGGUGGCGGUGCUGCCUCAGUGGUGAGCCGCGGGGUGAGUAUGAAUUGAGCUCCCGACUGGCCAGGGUCCCUUCACAGGUAGCGGCGGGGAGGCCAAGAGUUUGCAGCGUCGUGAGGCUGGGAGAGGAGUUUGGAGGCCCAGGCGCCUGUCUCCGGAAUCAAGGUGCAGCAUGUCUGGCCUGGGGGCCUUGGGUGGCGCCCGCGCCGGGCUGGGAUUGUUGCUGGGCACCGCCGCGGGCCUUGGAUUCCUGUGUGCCCUUUACAGCCAGCGGUGGAAACGGACCCAGCACCAUGCCCAGAGCCAGAGCCAGAACCAAAACCAGCCCAACUCCCUGGACUAUACGCAGACUUCAGAGCCCGGACACCAGGUGAGGCCGUUGCGGGCAGUCCCAGGUGAGGCUGGCGAUGCUGCGGUGCUGCAUGGCCUUCCGCGAGAAGGGCAGGAGGAGGUGCUGGACCGCCUGGAGUUCGUGCUGAGCAGUCUGGUGGCGCUGCGGCGGGAGGUGGAGGAGCUGAGGAGCAGCCUGCAGGGACUUGCUGGGCAGAUCGUAGGGGAGGUCCGAUCCCACAUAGAAGAGAGCCAGAAAGUGGCUCGGCGGCGAAGAUUCCUGUUUGCCCGGGAGAGGAGCGACUCCACCGGCUCCAGCUCUGUCUACUUCACAGCCACCUCGGGAGCCACGUUCACAGAUGCCGAGAGCGAAGGCGGUUACACAACAGCCAAUGCUGAGUCUGACUAUGAGCGGGACUCUGAAAGAGAGAGUGAUGAUGACGGAGAAGAUGAAGUGAGCUGUGAGACUGUGAAGAUGGGGAGAAAAGAUUCUCUGGACCUGGUGGUGGAGGUGGCUUCGGGCCUGGUGUCCGCAGCCCUGGAGGCCGGAGGCUCCCCUGGUCCGGAAGAUGUGCUGCCCCUCCUGCAGCAGGCAGACGAGAUGCACCGGGGCAGCGAGCAGGAUAAGCGGGAGGGCUUCCAGCUGCUGCUCAACAACAAGCUGGCGCAUGGAAGCCGGCAGGACUUUCUCUGGCGCCUGGCCCGGGCCUACAGUGACAUGUGUGAGCUUGCUGAGGAGGCAAGUGAAAAGAAGUCCUAUGCUCUAAGUGGAAAAGAAGCAGCAGAGGCCGCUCUGGAGAAGGGGGAUGAGAAUGCUGAAUGUCACCAGUGGUAUGCAGUGCUUUGUGGCCAGCUGGCUGAGCAUGAGGGCAUCCAGAGACGCAUCCAGAAUGGCUUUAGCUUCAAGGAGCAUGUGGACAAAGCCAUUGCCCUCCAGCCGGAAAACCCCAUGGCUCACUUUCUCCUUGGCAGGUGGUGCUACCAGGUCUCUCACCUGAGCUGGCUAGAAAAAAAAACUGCUACAGCCUUGUCUGAAAGCCCUCUCUGUGCCACUGUGCAGGACGCCCUCCAGAGCUUCCUAAAGGUUGAAGAACUACAGCCAGGAUUUUCCAAAGCAGGAAGGGUAUAUAUUUCCAAGUGCUACAGAGAACUAGGGGAAAACCCUGAAGCUAAACAGUGGAUGAAGUUGGCCCUGGAGCUGCCAGAUGUCACUAAAGAGGAUUCAGCUUUCCAGAAGGACCUGGAAGAACUGGAAGUAAUUUUAGGAGACUAAUCACAUUUCAAUAGCCUUUAUGACUUGAGAGGGUGAAGGAAAUCAGGAAACUGAGCAAGACUGCUUGAGGGAGGGGCCUGACCGCUACCAUUCCCCAAUUUCUUCCUAUUGUCCACUGGUUAAUUUAUUCUAAUCCCUUACCUAAUCUGAAAUUGGGGAAGUACAUGAGGCCUGGUUCCUGUUCUCUCCCUAAAGUGAAUUCUUGAAAAAUCAAGACUAGUAUAACCCCACCUUCCUAGGGCUGAGUGUGGGUAGAGCACUAAGGCUGGCUUCCAGCUGCUGGUGAGGUGGAUAACUUUCAGGAGCUAGAGGAACAACACACAGAACUCGUACUCUAAUCUUUUCCACUGAUUAAUACUCAGCACCAAAGUAUACAGUCCUAAGAUCAUACCCUAACCUACUAGGGUAAAAGGAAGGGUUAGGGCAGUCCAUGGGUCUUGCCUCUUACCUAUCAUGUGGAUUCAAACUGUAUUCCUGGGCCGAGGGGCUGGACCACUUGGCUUCCAGAGUCCUGGCAGCUUUUUGGAACAACAGCAGUGCAUAAGACUUAGGAGACUGAAAAUGGUGAUGUGAGGAGUUGCCUGGAAUAUAUUUUGGUACAAACUUGAAAUAAACCAAGUUAACUAGAA